ACAACUCGGGAACUCCGGCAACUUUCUAGAGCUACGUCUUUCCGAAAUGAAGAUCACUGACGUCAUAAUUUGACUUUGUUUUUUCCCCCCCGGAGUUCCCAGUUGUUUUCAACGCGGCAAGAGUUCCCAAGGCUGUCAUUGUCAACAACCAUCAUAAACACACUGCUGACGAGACACCAUUCUACUUUACUGUGUCCUCCAUAGACAUUAAAACCAGGUUUCAUCCUACAGUUUCUUCUCCCCCACCUGUCUUAUUCGAGUGCGAGGUUUCCGCCUUUACUUAUUCUGUGGUGGGUGGAGUCGGUCACCUGAACAACAAGGUAGGAUAUAUUUUUUUGGUGAGCGAACUGAGAUCUCCACAAAAAUGUUUACAUUUUCGGAUUCAUAGUUCACCAAACGGAAUCACCUCAACUGCCAGUAAGUUUUUGUUUUUCGAUUGAUAUAGCCUAUACCUUACUUUUGGUUUGGUUACUUACAGUUGAAACUGUUCACAGUCCAGAGGGUAAAUGGUUGUGGUCUCCGAGAUUCAGACGUGGUUGAGACUUUUAGGAAAUGUUUUUACUUUCAUGCCUAAUCAGAAUCACAGGCUACAGUCGUUCUAUUUCACUGCGUUUUCUUUUGGCACAGUCUGUGCUAUGCCACUGUGCCUCAAUGUUCAAAGGUCGGGGUUGUAUGGCGCGUUUAUGACAUUUGGUGACACAUUGGGCAUUUUUCCGUGCAGGUAUGAGCCAGCCGCCCCGACCGCACAGGGGGCAAAGGGAGAGAAACGGAGAAGGUCCCCGCGAGCAUCGGGAACACAGGCCAAGACGGGAGCCGCGGCACGAUGAUAGACCACCAUCAAGCAACAGGUGUGUUCACAUGAUGGCAUGGUCACUAGGCAUUUAUGGUGACAGAUUGCAUGAUGUAGCCUAUGUCUGCCAAAAAAUCCACCUCUAAGAGCUGGUUGUAGGAGAGAGAAGCACUUCAACCCUCUCUCUCUCCCCUCAGGUCCUCUUCUCAGCCCCCAUAUUACAGGGACUCCACACCCCCUCCUAAACAUGGGCGGGACCAGGAAGCCCGAAGAGAGGAUCAUGAGGGGUCCAAAUGCACCCAUAUCUGCUCCAGGAGAGGUAUGUAAUGUUAGUGUCUUACAUUUUAGUCAUUUAGCAGACACUCUUAUCCAGAGCGACUUACAGUUAGUGAGUGCAUACAUUUACAUAUUGCCCCCCCCCCCCCGUGGGAAACGAACCCACAACCCUCGGGUUGCAAGCGCCAUGCUCUACCAACUGAGCUACAGGGGACUAGAGAGUAGAGCUAGAAAAAUAAUUGGGUGGAGAAAGUGAGGCACAAUGGACACAGACUCAGUAAUACCUGUGAGGGGGAAGUAAAUGUCUGUGUGGUCAGCUGAACACUGCCACAUACCGUCAGUCCAGUGUCAGGAUUUAGUUUCCCUCUCUUCACCUAAACUACACCUACACCCGCCCAGCGAUACUACUACCCCUGAACAUACCUCCCCCUCUCCUAAUACUGGUCAGACUGGUUCUCACCUAGGCUAGUAAAGCUGUACACUUUACUUGCUUUGCUGUUUUAACACCCACACACACCACGUGUUGCUUUGAUUUGAGCAGAGAAAUGUGAUCAGUUGAUAAGGGGAGAGAGGUGAUAAAUAUAAAGAAAGUCACACUAAUUAUGCUCCCAAACAUUUAAGGGGUAUAGUAACCAAUAAAGGCGAGAACCUGAUCUACCGAUUUAAUUGGCUGACGACAUGCACACCCUCACACACAGUGGGAAAAAAAGCUGAUUGUAUUUGAUCUGUUAAAGUCUCCCCAGUAAAGAAUGUUAUAAUCUGUGUGAGUGUUCAGUCACCUUUCUCCUGUUCCUUUGCUAAUCAUUUCCAAUCAGCGUGUGAGUGGAAUAUUGUAAAUUGACUUACUGUAGCUCUCCUAUGGCCUUGUAGUGAGUUUAAAAUGUAGGUAGCAGUUAGUGUGACGUUCUAUCCUUGGUGCUUGUUUGUGAUUGUCUCUCUCUCGUAGUGUGUGUGUUAACAUGUUCUCUCUUAUUGUCAUAGUUGUAAAUAUGUGUAUAUAUAUUUUUUGUUUCAUUCACACCUGCACUGUUGGAGCUCAGAGCUUAAGUAUUUAACUAUACAGUGCAACUACAUCUGUGACCCUGCGCAUGUGACUAAAUAAAAAUCAAAUCUAUAGGUAUCGUGUUGAUCUGUUCAGUCCUGACCAAUGCCCUGGUCCUGAUCUGUGUGGUGGCAGCUCAGAUGGUGAUGUCAGGCAUGUCUGCUAUGGGGCCUGGCGGGGGCAGCUUCAAUCUUAACACUAACAUCCCCUUCGAGGGCCAAGAGCUGCAACAGGUACAAGACAGAAACAAGUGUCGCAUCCCAAAUAGCACCCUAUUCCCUAUAUGGUCCACUACAUUUUGAGGGCUCUGGUCAAAAGUAGUACACUAUAUAGGGCAUAGGGUGCCAUUUGGGAUGCAGUCAUGGACUCCAGAUCCAUUGCCAUCACAAGGUACAUUCUAUCAUAGCAUCUCCACAAGACUACAUUCCCUGUUAUGUUAUAUUAUGAAGACACCACCCUAACACCGUACCUGAUUGCAGGUGAGAGACCUGGACAUGCAGUACAGCCAGAUGAGAGCUCCGGGAAUAUACGGGGGCGUGGCCUUUGCCCUCGUCUUCGGUGUUGUCUCCCUCCUGUUCGUGGUCUCCGGGAACAAGCCCGCACACCUGCUGGGCCAGAGGCUGCUGAUGGGAGCGUUGGUGUUCCAGGGUUUGGGGGCGGUACUCUACGUGGUGGCGGUGGGGUUGUACCUCCACUUUGUCAUCCAGGUGAACAGUACAGACGUGUGUAAGAGAAGGGAGAGGCUGUAUGCACGUUCAGGUUUAACCUGGAUGAACUGUGAUGUGGGAGGGGCGGACGCGGCUGUGGCGUUGUUCGGGCUGAUCACGGCGAUACUCUACACCGCCGGUACGGUGCUCACGUUCUACACGGUGCGCUGGGUCAGGGGUUACCUGGAGGAUCGCAGGCUACAUGAGAGAGAUAGACGCCCCCCUACCGCCAGCUCCCACCCACAGAGGUCACCACUACGGUCUGAUACUGCUCUGUGAGGGAGACGCAGGUUGAGUCCCAAAUUCUCUAUAGAGUGCACUACUUUUGACCAGGGCCAAUAGGGCUCUGGUCACAAUAAGUAUAUUAUGUAGGAAAUAGGAUGCCAUUUGGGAUGACGCCACAGAUGAACCCCGGAAGGGACCAAAGGGCUUUUUCCACUCUAUCCAUUUUCAUUAAAACUGUCUGUCCAUUUUUGAUAGUAAUGGGACUUGCAACUACCCAAUGGGGAAAGAUGUCAGUUCAACGUCUAGUUUUGAUUUACAUUUGAUUGAGUUGUCAACAGUGAAAUCAACAAAAUGUGAACCAUGUCAUUGGAUUUAGGUUUAAAGUUGGGUGGAAAAAAGACAAAUCCCCAACUUUUUGCAAAUCCAAUAAGUUUGACGUUGAUUCCAAUGUCAUCACAUUGAAUGUUUUUGUCGAAAUGACAUGGGGGGAAAAAAACAUUGAUUCAACCAGUUUGUGCCCAGUGGGUAAGGCGCUUGCUCUGUAAACUUUUGUAAAGCAUGGAUUUGAUAUGAAUUCCUUUUUAA